AUGCCCAUUCUUCCUAUCCUCACCUCAUUCCAGCGGAACGCCGGUUCCUGCGCGUGUGCGUGCAAACGACCAUUCAUCGCCGGAGCCGCGGCAUCCAGCAGGCUCAACAGGGAACGACUUAAUUUCCAGCCCCGCUCUCGAGGGAAAACGCGGGAAUAUAGAGGUGUGGACAUCGGUGGUCAUUCGAGCAAGGAACCGAAAGGCAUCGGGCCUAGCCUCGGGGCACGGUUCUGUCGGCCGGGAAAAAAUGAGUGCCGCAGCGCACACGGCACAGCGGCCGUCAACAAGAAGCCGCAGAAAUCCUCCGGAUAUCUGACGACGUUUGAGCCGACUUGGGACUUUUUCACACCUGCUGCUCAAGUCUCGGAUGACCCGAUCGGAGUUCACCCUCAGCAAGGUGCAACUUUUCAUUUGUCUCCGAGUUCCACAUCCUGGCAUGCCAGAAUGGACUUGCCCAGGAAUGGAUCAUGUCCAUUAACUGAGGGACCACUGUGUUACCCAGCUUGGUCUGUGAUUUCAUUUCCCCCCAACAAGCACCAGGGAUGCGCAAUAGAGAAAUCCUCCGCGCGGGGCGCGAGGACCCUCGGGGACAACUACCCGCGUAUCUUAUACGUGGCGCGGGAUCGCCGAGCGAGCAGUCUGCGGCGCACCGCUUCCGGGAGCGGUCCUCGUACCCUUCUGAAGCAAUAA